AUAAUACAAAGGCAAAACAAAGGAGCGGUCGCUACGGCGGCCGCGCGGAGCCAGAAUAGAAGGCAAAACGAAGGCGCGGUCGCUACGGUGGCCGCGCGGGGUCAUAAUACAAAGAAGAAACGAAGGAGCGGUCGCUACGGUGGCUGCGCGGGGUUAUAAUACGAAGAAGAAACGAAGGAGCGGUCGCUACGGUAUCCGAGAGAGGUCACAAUAGAAAGGCAAAAACGAAGCAGCGAUCGCUACGGCGGCCGCGCGGGGUCAGAAUACAGAGGAAAAUCGAAGGAGUGGUGGCUACGGCGGCGGCGCAGGGUCACAAUAGAAGGUAGGGGACCAUAAGUUCAGCGCUCACCGCAUCGUGCUGGCGGCGUCCAUCCCGUAUUUCCACGCUAUGUUCACCAACGACAUGAUGGAGUGCAAGCAGGACGAGAUUGUCAUGCAGGGCAUGGAUCCCAGUGCACUUGAAGCUCUCAUCAACUUCGCCUACAACGGCCACUUGGCCAUCGAUCAGCAGAACGUCCAAUCGCUGCUGAUGGGCGCCAGUUUCCUUCAGCUGCAGAACAUCAAAGACGCUUGCUGCACGUUCCUCAGGGAGAGGCUUCAUCCCAAAAACUGUCUGGGCGUGCGGCAGUUCGCGGAGACCAUGAUGUGUACGGUCCUCUACGACGCUGCCAACAGCUUCAUCCACCAGCACUUCGUGGAGGUAUCCAUGUCCGAAGAGUUUCUGGCACUGCCUUUUGAGGACGUCCUGGAGCUCGUUUCUAGGGAUGAGCUCAAUGUGAAGUCUGAAGAGCAGGUGUUUGAAGCCGCGUUGGCGUGGAUAAGGUAUGACCGAGACCAGAGAGAGUCGUUCCUCCCCAAACUCUUGUCCAAAAUCCGCCUCCCUCUUUGCCGACCUCAGUUCCUCACCGACCGCGUCCAACAAGAUGACCUGGUCCGUUGCUGCCACAAAUGCAGGGAUUUGGUGGAUGAGGCGAAGGAUUAUCACCUCAUGCCUGAGCGCCGACCACACCUCCCGGCGUUCAAGACGCGUCCUCGGUGUUGUACAUCGAUCGCAGGCUUGAUUUACGCCGUUGGAGGACUCAACUCGGCAGCAAAUUUUUAUGCAGGUGACUCACUCAACGUGGUGGAAGUCUUUGAUCCCAUUGCCAACCGGUGGGAGAAGUGCCAACCGAUGACCACAGCCCGGAGCAGAGUCGGAGUGGCGGUGGUGAACGGAUUGCUCUACGCCAUCGGGGGCUACGAUGGUCAAUUGAGGUUGAGCACCGUGGAAGUUUACAACCCCGAGCUGGAUUCGUGGUCCAAAGUGGAGAGUAUGAACAGCAAGCGAAGUGCCAUGGGGACGGUGGUGCUGGAUGGUCAGAUCUACGUAUGUGGUGGAUACGACGGAAACUCAUCCCUCAACUCCGUGGAGUCCUAUUCUCCAGAGGCAAACAAGUGGACAGUGGUGACCCCCAUGAGCUCCAACCGGAGCGCCGCUGGAGUCACCGUCUUCGAGGGGCGGAUCUACGUCUCGGGAGGACACGAUGGCCUGCAGAUCUUCAACAGCGUGGAGUACUACAACCACCACACGGCCACUUGGCACCCGGUGGCCCCUAUGCUCAACAAGCGCUGUCGCCACGGAGCGGCCUCGUUAGGCAGCAAGAUGUUCGUUUGCGGAGGCUACGACGGCUCGGGGUUCCUCAGCAUCGCCGAGGUCUACAGCUCCAUGGCGGAUCAGUGGUACCUGAUCGUCCCGAUGAACACCAGGAGGAGCCGCGUCUCCCUCGUUGCGAACUGUGGGCGCCUCUAUGCGGUGGGAGGUUACGAUGGACAAUCCAACCUCAGCUCAGUGGAAAUGUAUGACCCGGAGACGAACCGCUGGACGUUCAUGGCUCCAAUGGUGUGCCACGAGGGUGGGGUUGGCGUGGGUUGCAUCCCCCUCUUGACCAUCUGAGAAGAAAGCGUUUGGAGGGGGUUAUCUCCUCAAGGACAAUCUGAGGAGAGGUUUAGAGAAGGUUUGGAGGGGGUGUUAACCACCCAAAGGGCGUUUCCAGGUGCUCAAGUGUCGUUCACAAACCACACGCCCCCAAAAACUUGACCAACCGAUCCCCCCACCUUUUGGCUUUUUGGGGCUGAAGCUCCUCCAAGAUGGAACGUUGUGAAAGAGCGGUUGAUGUGCUGCUGCGAGCAAGGACGCUCCUGCUUCCCUUCGCCACCCGUUACCUUGCGGUGAAGCCAAUCCUUCCUCUUGCCGUUGGUUCUCCAAAGAGCCCUGUGGUCCUCUUUCGGCACCACCUUUGGCACUUGCCAGCGUCAGGGGAGGAGGGAAGUCACGGUUGUGACAUCAAAAAGAACCACUUGAAUGACUUGGAAAAUACGUUUGCACCUUCUUUCAACACCAAAAUGACCCCCACGCUCCAGGGGUUUGGCCGGCGGCGAUGGUUGGGUGGUGGUGGUGGCACCUUGGCUCUCACCUAGCGUAUCAGAAGAGAAGAAAACCCAACAGCGUUGGUUCCUGAACCCCGUCUUGAGUUUUGAGGUAGGGCUUUCACAAGACGUCCUUGGGUUCUCCUGGGUGAAGCUGCGCUGUCUUCAGCUCCAUGGGCAAAACGUCUCCGCAAGAGCCACACGAUGGAGAAAUUAGGAAGAGGAAAACCGGUCGGUUAAACCAUCGAGGAGUUUCAGCAAGCCCUGGAGAAGAAGGAUGGACGGAAACGACACGAAGGAACCGUCGUAGGAUUGCAAAACGCGGAAGGUGCCCCAUCAGAAAGGUCCUCAAAUGAGAUCUUGAUGGCUUCUCAAAGGCGAUGUUUAAGAGGCAGCUGGAGCAGAGCAAGGUUGGGGUCUUCCAGGAAGGGCAAGAAGUCCAUGAUGGAUUUGGCAGCUCUGAAAGCCCAGAGAGGGUGGGGAGAAGGUUGGCUCCCCAAGCAAAGCCACCUCGGGCAGCAGAGGUGGAGAAAGCCCACAUGGGGAUGGAGGAUGGAGGGAAAGCCACACAUCGGUGGGGUGAGACUCACACCCUUGGACGUUUUCUUCUCCGUUGCGCUGGGAAAGGUCUUUGUGGUGGGUUUUGGGGCUGGGAAACUCUUCCUUGAAGCUCCUUCCCUGGGCAAAGUCCUUGUUUGCAUCAGCUCUUCCAUAGUUCUCUUGCAUGAAUGUGACCCACCAGCCCUUCAGGGUCUUCUUCUACGCCCGUGUCCUCCCGUGCCACCCUGGGGCAAAGCCAUAACCUCUUCGCUCCCGGUGGGGAGGAAGAACUCGACACUAAUCCCACCGGCAGCAGCGAAAGGAUGAGGAAUUUUUCCCUCUCCUCCUGCCCUAUCCCAGUGUUUUGUGAGCUGCGAGUCUGGGCUCCACCUUGGCCCAAGCUGAGGAGAACCGGAGGUUCCUCCCAAGCUCCACAUCCAGCUCCUCCUUGCUUGUUCGUAGCCGAAUCCCAGCGCCGCUCGGGAUUUCGGGGUGUCCAUGUGGAUGUCAAUAUAUUUCCGGUACCGUGUAUAUUUUAGGGAUAUAAUGAGCGUAUCUGGUUAUAAAUGUGAUUUGUCGGUAGAUCUCGUAU